UUUAUUGUUAAAGGUUGACAUGAUUGAUCUUCUAAGGAUCACCAUAAGAAUUUACUGCUAUUAUCUAUCGGCAAAUACAACCAUGCAUUCAAUUUGCUCAAUGGAGUUCUACCUCUUAGUAUCACUAUUGUUGCAACAAUCUUUGUCUCUAUUCUUGUACACUGUUUGCUACUCCCUAUCCUCCACAGAAAGAAGGAAAACACAGUGAAGAACCAAAAGCCACCACAAGCAAAAGGGGCAUGGCAGAAAAACAUGGCGCUAUCUGCACCAUCAAGCCUGGUGUUCAUCAAGCUUUGGUGGUGAGUGAUGCAACGAUUGCUAAGGACUGCUUUACUACCAAUGACAAGGCCUUCGCAAGUCGACCGAAAACAGAGGCAUCAAAAAUCAUGGCCUAUAAUAAUGCCGUGUUUGGCCUGGCUCCAUAUGGGGACUAUUGGCGAAAAAUGCGCAAGAUGGUCGUGUUGGAGGGUCUUUCUCAACAAAGAGUUGAAAUGAUUGGACAUAUUCGAGCUUCAGAAGUUAGAGCAUCCGUUAAAGAGUUAUAUGAUGGGUGGGUAAUGAAUAAACUUACUGAAAGUUCAGAGUCACAGUCACAGAUGGUAAAGGUGGAGUCCUGGAGAUGAGUCAAUGGUUUGGGAAAUUUGUUUUAAAUAUUAUGGUUAGGAUUAUUACAGGAAAGUGGUUUUCGCCAAAUCAUGAAGAAGGGGUUCAAUUUCAGGCUGUGGUAAGGAAGUUCUUUGAGUUAAUGGGGGCAUUUGUGCUUGCAGAUUUUAUACCUUAUCUCAACUAUUUGGACGUGGGUGGAUACAAAAAAGUGAUGAAGAAUACUUGGAAGGAUUUGGACAAUAUCUUUGACCGAUGGUUAAAGGAGCACAAACAGGAGAUUAAGUCUAUACAACAACAUGAAGCGAACCAAGACUUUAUGCAUGUGCUAAUUUCCAUUCUUCGAGGUGCUUCUGAAGAUCAAUUCCCGGGUUUUGACCAUGAUACAAUUAUCAAAGCGACAAGUCUACAAAUCCUAUUAGCAGCCGUUGACACGACAUCUGUGACAUUAACCUGGGCUUUAUCAUUGUUGCUCAACCACCCAAAAACAUUAAAAAUUGCGCAAGAUGAAAUUGAUGAGCAUGUUGGAAGGGACGGAUUGGUGGAGGAGUCAGACCUAAAGAACUUAUCUACCUCAAUGCCAUCAUCAAAGAAACAUUACGAUUAUACCCAGCUUGACCUCUCGCUGUUCCUCACGAGUCACUGGACGACUGCACUGUGGGUGGCUAUAACAUUCCAAAAGGAACUCGUCUUUUGGUAAAUCUUUGGAAGUUGCAACGUGACCCAAAUAUAUGGUCUGAUCCCACAGAAUUCAAGCCUGAGAGAUUCUUGACCAGUCACAAGGAUAUCGAUGUCAUGGGAAACCAUUAUGAAUUGCUUCCUUUUGGUAGUGGUAGAGGAAUGUGUAAGAUUACUUGGGUUGAAACUUGUGUAAAUAACAAGCAAAAAUAAACCCUUAUGCAACAACUAAAAAGAAUACGUGAGAAUGGAAGAAUUGAAACCAAUAUAUUACUUGAAUAAAAGUAAACUAGAAAAGGUCUUGCAUAAAAGAAAAUACCAUACCAUUGAUCCUAUUUAUACUAGACAAAUAAGUAUCCUACUUGAAUUCUAAAACCAUGCAGGAUAUAAAAUAAAAAACUUAAAUAUGGCUACUUUCCUAAUUGCC